AUGGCCGACUGCUGGCAACCACAAGCCUCUGUAGUGGUCCCUCACUGGACCUUCCAGGAGAAUCAGCCAUGUUUCUGCACCUCAACUUUCCGCGAUCUGAUGUCUGCGUUUCCAAGACCGAAGCAUACCAGCCGGGUGACAAAACCCCGGAGUGCUGGAAACAGUCCUUCUGCUGCUGCUAAACGGAGAACAACCAUGUCACAUCACCCAUCAAUGUACAGUCAACCACCACAGCAGCAAGGCUAUCAGCCUCCAAUGGACGUUGCGGCUAUGGCUUCUGCAAUGCGCCGGGCAAGGAAACCUCGGCCGAUGAGCUGGCACCCGGCAUCAUUGGGAAUGGCCACAUAUCCGACUGCCCAGUACAUCCCCGCUGCGACUACUGCAGACAACCUGGCCGCCACGGGGCUGUGCGCCGCACCCGAUACCAUCCCCGUCACAUUUGGCGGUGACGGAAUGCUACCACCAUAUUCGAUACCAGACACAGCCAUGUCGGAUACGAUGCUUUCUUACUUCUCCGGUGUGGGAGAUGCGGCUACUGCGAUGCAGGCCUCCUACCUCCAACAACAACAACAACCAAUGGACGACUCGCAGGUUGCAUGGGAUGCCGGUACAUCCCAGUUUUCCACAAUGAUCACCCCCAUGUCGGAUGGCUGGUCCUUCGACAUGAUGUCCAUGAACAAUAGCAUGCCGUCGGCGGAUGUUGCAGGCUCGAGCUACGAAAGUGCGCCGUCAUCAACUGGCCCCUCGACACCGGAUUUCCUACCAAUCCAACAAUUCGACAAUGACGCCAAUUUCCAGUCCGAGCCGCUUGAAAAGGAGGAUGAGCUCGUCGGAAUGGGCUUGUAUAGCCACCCCGAGAUGUCCUUAAAUAGUUCUCUCAACGGACUCGGGGGCAAGGGCCUGAAGUUGGAAGAAACCUUUACACCAUCAGCCGACGAGGGGAUUGAGAAUAAGGAUGCCGACGCGGAAGAUGACGACGACGAGCAAGAAUCAAAUGAGGACCCGCUCAAAAAUGACAGCUCCGAUCGCUACCCGGCACAGCCUGAUCCUCAACCCUAUCAUCAACAACCAGUGAAAUCAACACAGAGCAUGCUCAACAGAUCAUUCUUUUUCGAUGAUGACGACAAACUAGACCACAAUGGCGGGAUAACCCAGCAAUUUUUCAACCUGGAGAAUCAACCAUGCUUGAAUUACGCAUACGGAUGGAUUUGA